UGGCCUUUCCGCUGGGGUUGUGAGGGCCGUGCCUCCCCGCCUGGGUUCCCGGACGCGAGGGGCUGCGUGGGUGGUCCCGGCCUGAGCCCAGAGCUGGUCCUUGAGACGUCGGGCGGCGAGGGGACUUCUUGCCUGUGCCCAUGUAGCCCGGCUUCAUCCGCCCAGCCCCGCCUGGAUCAGUAGGAUUGUUUCCAAAGGCUUCGCUGCUACAGAACAACCCUCCGGGCCAAACCCAAACCCAAACCCCAGGCAGUUUCUGACCGACGAUAAGUGGCCGCCGUGGCCGGGACAACAAUGGCCCGAAGUUCUUAGGGCCGAAUUUGGUCCACCCGCGAUUUCUGGGCCUCACGUUUAUCGGCUGAAAGUGAGGGGGUGAAAAGAAAUGUUUUUCCCCUAGCUCUGAUGCUUUUUGCCGUCAUUAAAACAUACUUCUGUUUAUUUUAAUCACUUACUGCUUGUUUCAUCCGUGUAGCGGUGGACUGGAAGCGCUCGGCUUGCCGGCUGUGCUCUUCUUGGAUUAGGGACCUUAAGAUUUUGAAAAAUAAUAUUUAUACUUUUUUUCUGUUAUGAAUUUAGAAUGUGUUCACUGCAGUCAGUCUGGAGCAUCUGGACCCACAGACUCAAGUGAAAAUCUUCCAUGAUCUCAUCGCCAGGAGAUAGUGACUGUUAGCAUUUUAGUACAUUUCUUCUAGUCCGUGCAUGCUGUCUACUUUUGGUAGGCGUUAUUUAUGUUUGCUUAAAAAAACAAAUUGGGAGUAUGCUGUUCGCAGCCAUUUCAGUUUAUCACAGAUACGUUUCUUCAACGUGAGCUGUUUUGUUCCAGGCCCGUAGUGUUUUCAGCGGGCCUCUGAGAACUUCUUUUGUUUUCCUCCUCACUCUGCCCUGGUGUCCUUAUUUCUGGACAGCGAAUGGACUGCAUGGCACCUGUACUGGAAAUCUGAACAGAGACUCUGGGGGCCUUUGUCCAGCUCUCCCUCCAGCGUUUUGGGGGGCGGGGGGCUGUGACUGCAGGUCUGAGGGGCACUGAGGGGACCAGCGGCCCAGAUUUGCCACUUCCUAGGCGUGUCAUCCAUGUUGGGCAACUUGCUGAACCUCUCUGUGCCUUAUCACUGUCUGUAGUGGGUGCGGGAUGCAUCAAAAAAAGGCACGAUGAUGUUUAAAACGUCUGUCACAAAGUAAUUAGUCAACACUUUUUAUUACUCUCCAUUUUCCCCCUGAAUUCCCUUUAGAACUUGACGCUGAGUGGAACUGUGGGAUGAUGAUGAAGGUUGCGCCUUCCUUCUGAAGAUAAACCUGAGAGCUGUCACAGGGAGAGGUGCAGUGUGAUGCGGGAAACUGCCCAGUAGGCUUCAUGCCCAGCAUGGAGCCCAGCACAGGGCUUGAACUCACACCCAGAGAACAAGACGUGAGCUGAGAUCAAGAGUUGGAUGCUUAACCAACUGAGCAACCCAGGCAUCCCCAUCAGAAAUACUUUAAAACUACCACACUGAUGGCUUGUCACACCCUGUUGAACUGAAAUUCUCAACUCUGUUUUCUGUAAUCCUGGUUACCCACAAAUGAGCCUGCUCAUGUGAUAUAAGAAAGGAGCUCCUGGAGCCAGGAACUUGUCAGUGUGAAAGACCCAGCCACCGCCUUACAGUGGAGCUUUGGGACAGAAACGGAAGAGGCUCAGCGUGGAGCAGUUCUCAGAUGUGCAACUCAUCUGGCCUAGGCAACAGAAAAUGACCAUGUUACAGGAGGCAUUCUCAUUUGAGGAUUUAUCUGUGGACUUCACCCAGAAGGAGUGGCAACUCCUGGACCCCAGUCAGAAGGACUUAUACAAGGAUGUCAUGCUGGAGAACUACAGCAGCCUAGUUUCGCUGGGGUAUGAAGUUAUGAAACCUGAUGUCAUCUUCAAGCUGGAGCAAGGAGAAGAGCCAUGGGUGGGAGAUGGAGAAGUUCCAAGUGCAGACUGCUCAGAACAAGACUUGCAAGGAAAUGGUCACAUGACGUGGCGCCAGGAUGACCAGGAGAAGCUUAGAAAUCUGAAACAGGAUCACGAAUGUGAUGCAUUUGGAAAAAAACUCAAUCUGAGCAUGAACUUUGUUCCUUUAAGGAAAUCAAACAGUGAAGAUAAUGUAGAUGGAUUAUUUUUAAAACAUCACUUAGAUUUACUAAUUCCAAAGGCAGAUUAUGGAAAGACAGAAUCGGAUGGUUUCAGUGUAUUUGAUAAGUUGUUUCUCGAUGCCAAGCCUGAAGAAACUGAUGCUUGGUUAAAAUACUAUGAAUAUGAUAAAUAUGAUAAAAUUAGUUCUAAGAAGUCACAGAUUAUCAUAUUUCACAGAACUCGUCUAGGGGAGAAACUCUAUGAAUGCAGUGAAUGUAGGAAACGCUUCACUAAGAGAUCAAGUCUCAUUAAACAUCAGACCAGACACAUAAGGGAGAUAGCCUAUGGCUGUGGUAAGUGUGGCAAAACCUUUCCCCAGAAGUCACAGUUUGUUACACAUCACAGGACUCACACAGGAGAGAAACCUUACAAUUGUAGCCAGUGUGGGAAAGCCUUCUCCCAAAAGUCACAGCUCACAUCCCAUCAGAGGACACACACAGGAGAGAAACCAUAUGAAUGUGGUGAAUGCGGGAAAGCCUUCUCCCGGAAGUCCCAUCUCAUAUCACACUGGAGGACACACACAGGUGAGAAACCCUAUGGGUGCAACGAAUGUGGAAGGGCCUUUAGUGAGAAGUCAAAUCUUAUUAAUCAUCAGAGAAUUCAUACAGGAGAGAAACCUUUUGAAUGCAGAGAAUGUGGGAAGGCCUUCAGCAGGAAAUCACAACUCGUUACACAUCACCGGACUCACACAGGAACAAAACCCUAUGGGUGUAGUGAUUGUAGAAAAGCCUUCUUUGAGAAAUCAGAGCUCAUUAGACAUCAGACAGUUCAUACUGGAGAGAAGCCCUAUGAAUGCGGUGAAUGUCGUAAAGCAUUCAGAGAGAGGUCAAGUCUCAUUAACCAUCAGAGGACUCAUACAGGAGAGAAGCCUCAUGGGUGCAUUCAGUGUGGGAAAGCCUUCUCCCAGAAGUCACAUCUCCUAUCCCAUCAGAUGACACACACAGGAGAGAAACCGUUUGUAUGCAGUAAAUGUGGGAAAGCCUUCAGCAGGAAAUCUCAGCUUGUUAGACAUCAGAGAACUCACACAGGAGAAAAGCCCUAUGAAUGCAGUGAGUGCGGGAAGGCUUUCAGUGAAAAAUUAAGCCUUACUAAUCAUCAGAGAAUUCACACAGGAGAAAAGCCUUAUGUGUGCAGUGAGUGUGGGAAGGCCUUUUGUCAGAAGUCCCAUCUCAUAUCACAUCGGAGAACUCAUACGGGAGAGAAGCCCUAUGAAUGCACUGAAUGUGGGAAAGCUUUUGGUGAGAAGUCCAGUCUCGCAACUCACCAGAGAACUCAUACAGGAGAGAAACCAUAUGGGUGCAGGGAUUGUGAAAAAGCCUUCUCCCAGAAGUCACAGCUCAAUACUCACCAGAGAAUCCACACAGGAGAGAAACCCUAUGAAUGCAGUCUUUGCAGGAAAGCUUUCUUUGAGAAAUCUGAGCUAAUUAGACAUCAGAGAACUCAUACAGGAGAAAAACCUUAUGAAUGCAGCGAAUGUGGGAAAGCCUUUAGGGAGAAGUCAAGUCUCAUCAAUCAUCAGAGAACACAUACAGGAGAGAAACCCUUUGAAUGCAGCGAAUGUGGAAAAGCCUUCUCUCGGAAAUCACACCUCAUACCACACCAGAGGACACACACUGGGGAGAAGCCCUAUGGAUGCAGCGAAUGUAGGAAGGCCUUCUCUCAGAAGUCACAGCUUGUUAACCACCAGAGAAUUCAUACAGGAGAGAAACCUUACCAAUGCCAUGAAUGUGGGAAAGCCUUCUCCCAAAAGUCACAGCUCAUUAAUCACCAGAGAACUCAUACAGCAAAGAAAUCCUAGGAUUGGAGUUAAUAUUAGUCUUUGACAGAGACCUUACCUCUUUGUACUUCAGAAAAUGCAGUUAUGGUAAACCUUUCAAAUAAAUAGUCACAUCACAUUGUAGGUCUGAGUAAUCUUUUAGGGUAGGAACUCUAAGUGAGGUUAUGUAGGGAAAGUUUUCAGAUGAUUAACAUGCUUAUAUAGGAACUCAUGGAGUAGAAUGAACCUAUGAGAUGCAGUGGAUUUUAAAAGCUUGGCAAGCAUACAGUAGGAAAUUAAUAGCAAAGAUGAGUACUGUGAACAUCAGAAAGCUUUGCAGAGGCCACAUCUCAUUAGCUGUUGGAAAUAUGCCCACUGGGGUAAACCCUAAUUCAGCAAAUGAAGAAAAAUCCCAUGAAUGCGGCAAGUGAGGUAAUAUUUCCAUCAAGAAAUCACAGCUCAUUGUGCAUUAAAAUACUCUCAGGAAUGAAGCUCUGUGAAAAUACUAAAUAUGGGACACUCUUCAGCAGGUAAUCCAACCAUAUUUUUUUGGGGGGGGGGGAUUUACAUUGUGGGUAAGCCUAAUGAUUGAAAGAAAUGGGAAACGUGCCCCUAGAAAUAAGGCUAUAAAGGGAAGCCAUACAUUUUUUUAUAGACGUGGUUAUUAGAAACCCCAUACUGAUGACUGACAUGUUCAUUCUGAAGUAUGAAGUUUCAAAAAUAUGUGAAUAAAUUGAGUCAUUGAAACAUCUAGAUAAGACAUUUCUCAGUGGUAUUUAUGGUUUAUUUUCCUGUGUCACACAGUGUGUCUCAUAUUUUGGAAUCACAUAUGAUGAUGUAAUUGUGAGCAUGAAAUGCACAUACCUUGUAGUAGUGCCUCUGAUGUCAGGACAUAAUCAUAUGCCACUGGUUUUUCUGUUUUAAUGAUACUAUUGAAAUGGCAAUUGGUAUAACAUGUCUUACUGUUAAGUACACAGCUUAAUAACACCACAUCUCUUUUUUUCCUUAUGGCUUGUUGGCAUAUAAACGGGUCUGUGGUUGCUGAUGUUUCUCUUCCGUUAUGAAAGCCAACAUUAUAUAAAGUCUGCAAUCUCAGACUCAGAAACAAUUUACCUAAUACCUGGUUAACGAGUAUUCAAAGACAGGAACGCAAAACGCAAUAGUGACUCAUUGUGUACUGAGUGAGCAAAAGAAAGGCGUGUGAACUGUGUCACACAGCACUCGAGCUAAAUGGCAGUAGUGCUGUCCAGGUGUUCUCAUUCAGCGUGGUGCCUUUGUGCAUCCAGUGUACGUACAUCAAGUGCUGUGUGCCCAAGUACAGCUUGUAUUUAAGUUACUCUGAUGAAAUAUGCUGUGUGCUAUUGUUUUCAGUGUUUCAUAAGAUAUUUUGUGGAAAAGCUAGGGGGAGAAACCAGUUAUUUAGGGGUCACUUUCAGAAAAUGUAAAGUAUAGAUUUUUUUGUGCUGAGAAAUAUAUUUUUGAUGUAUUCAAGGAAGCCUAUUUUACCUUCCUGCACAUUUCUGUGAUGUCCGGACAGGUAUUAGGAAGUAGGCCUUUCACUGCUUCGUCAUUUGAAGUAUCUGUGCUUUGCCUCUCUUCACCAGCUGCACCGUGCACAUGGUGAUCCUGUUGUGAACCUUUCAUUGUAAGUAGGGCUCGCUUUGACAGUGCAUGAACCACCCCUUAGCUCAGGUGGAACUUGGCAGUGAUCUUUAUAAUGAUCCUUGACAAAGUGUAUAGUGUUCUUUGUAUGAUGGUGAAAUGCAGAAAAGUCCUGACUUUGAUUCCAGACUUGGGAAAAUCAAGACUUCUUUCAUGCACAAGUUGCUUUGUCUGCACCUUUGAGUUUACCAGUGUUCUUCCCUGUCAUUACCAAUUUUACAUCAUUGUUGAAAAAUUGGGAAUUCAAUGAGAGUAAUUUUCUAAUCCACCACACCGGGAUGGUAAUUUGAAAAGUAUCUAACUUCCCAAAUUUUUAUUCAUGCUCAAACAUAUGGACUUCCUGCUUUUCUCCCUCAAACCUGAAGGUGAUUUUAUCAACUUCAUUUGUAAAUGAAUAGUUAUAGGGUUAUGUUUUACUUUGUAGAUUCUCCCAUUUUUAAAUUUUUAUCUCUCCUGAUUCUCUUCCCUAGUCCCAGAUAUUGAUUCAUUAGUCCUUGGAUUGAGUUUGGAGUCUGUUGUCUAAAAAUGACCUAAUUUUUCUCACUUCAGUUCUAGAUUGUUCCAUUUACUAUUAAGGAGUUAAACCCAGUAGUUUACUCUCUAGAUAACCGAACUUUGGCUUUAGCCUACUGGUUGAAUACCGAAGAGCAGAUUUUUUCCUUAGGGGUCAUGUGUCAGUCAUAGGGAGUGCUAACGCUGGCAACAGAGGCCUUGUUUAUCAAAGUACCUUACGUGGAGACCCAGGUACGCUGUGUAGAACUCACUGGGUACUCUCUUUCUGAAGAGGGGUCUUUGAAUCUGAAAUUAGAUAUUUUCAGUGUCCACGUUUUAAAUUACCUUGGUAAACCACAAAAAAACACGAGUCCCCCCAUUUCCCCUACCACAAAUCCCACAUCAAGAAGAAAGCUGGUUUUGAUGCUAAGAGGGAUUUACUUGCAGCUUCAUGGAGCAUAGUAGCUGAUGUUGGUAGAAUGCAUAGGGAGAGCAUCCCCUCCCUCCUCUUUCACCACCCAGGUUCCCCCACUGUCCUGGAAGACAGUUCUGCCAAGGACAGUUCUACUGUAUUCCUUUUACUAAGUAAUGGAUCAUUUGGAGAUCAAGUCUGUGAGUCUUGGGGAGUGCCUUUCUAUUCAGUGUUUCUUUGUGGGCUUUUGUAAUCUGACACCAUUCUCUCUAUGGAUCCAAUGUUCUGGGUAUUUUGAUCUCAAGAUCAUCGCCUGUAGAACCUGAGGUGAAAUAAACCCAAAGAAUAUCCACUUUAUCCAGCAAUACCUGUACCAAUAGAAGAAUAUAGAUCAGUGGGCAUCUGGAAUCUACAUCCGAGGCUUCCCUCAUUUGGCCGUUUAUUCCAGCAGUAUAUGCUCAGGUUGUCAGCUCUGCUGGGCUCAUGAGUCUACAGAUAGGGUACCAGCAAGCUGCUAGGUGUUCAGCACCUAGUCUGGCCUAUGCUGAUGUGCUAACCCAACCAUGACCCUUGUAGCUGUAUGUAUAAUUUCUUGCACCUUGCCUUCAUUCUUUUUUUAGUCCAUUUUCCACACUACACAUAGUAUUUUAAGGUGCAAUUCUGAUUAUACACUUCUGUGUUGAAACAGUAGGUAGCUAAUUGUGGACUUAAUGAGGACUUCUGUAUAAAUCCGGCCUAUCCAUCAUUUCUGAAUAUCUUUCCUCCUGCACAGUACUUUUUGGCCUCCUUGAACUACUUGCAGUUCCUUCGUAUUUCUACAAUCUCACAAGUCUCCUGUCACUGAAAUGCCCAUGUUCCUUAUUAAUGCUUGGCCAUCCUUUAUGAACCGCACAUGUGUUUGUCACUGUGGUAAUACAAUCAUCGCAUGUCUUGUCUUUUCCAUUAGAAAGCUUCUGGAAACCUGGGACUAUCUUGUUUGUCUAUACGGUUUUAGCAACUGAGGUUGUAAUCUAUGAACGUGGGCGCUCACGGUGGCUGCUUUCCACCACAUAGGGAAGCAUAGUCUGCAGUGAGGGAGAAGAGUGAAGCCUGGAAGCUUAUUCCGGGACCUGGUUCUUGUCCUAAUGUCCAGACUCACAUCUGCCCUUUUCAUGCCUUGAUUGUUGCAUUCUUCUGUGAGAUAUCCCAAAUACCCUUCUAAUAAAUUCUCAUGCUUGCUUCA